AUGACUUCUGCAAAGAAAGUAACGGAGAAGCGGCAUAACCCUGUGGAAAGCAUUUGCAGAAAAAUCAAAGCCAUUCAAAAGGGAGAAGCGAUUUCAAAUCCAGUGCGACAAAUUAUCAAAUACCAGUCUAGCUGUUUUGAUAAUCCACAGACUAAUGCCAAGAAAAACUUCGAGGAGGUGCUAAGGAAGAUGACUGCUACUCACAUUCCUGUGCAGGACUCUCAUUUUUCAAGUUCUGAGAAAGUGGCCACCUUCAUUUCCUCUCCUGAAACAGCAUCUCCAAGAACCCCAUCCAUCUCUCACCUGCACUCUCCUAAGAAUGCCACGUACACUGUUGAUCUCACUAGUUCUGAAGACGUUGCUAGGCUGAGAUCACAGAGCAGCCAGUGUGAUACAUCUUUGCUAUCACAGGUUGGACCAGGGGAAUUCUCCUCUAGCAAGGAUUUGAGUAACUGUUGCAGUGGAAAUAACUCUUGUACCUUAACGCUUGGCUUUGAUUCCACCUCUGCUCAAAGCUCUAAGUUUUUUACUCAGGAUUCAGUGGUGAGAAAACUAUCUCUGAAUGAUGAUGGAUGGAAACUAGGAGCUGAGGAUGGCCAAGAUGUAACAUAUAGCACCACUAGUGAUUGGGAGGAACAGUUACUCUCUGGAAUCUUCCAUGCAUGUGACACAAAAUGCAGAGGCUCAGUAGGAGUGAGCAAAAUAAUAGAUUACUUGCAACAAACAACUAGCCAAGAUUCUGAAGACAUGAGCCUUGAAGAGUUAUGGAGCAUGCUCGAUCCUGAAAAGAGAGACCCACAGGUGGAUCUGGAAACAUUCCAUGCCAUCAUGAAAGAAUGGAUGGCUUUGCAUAGAAAUGAAUGGGGAGGAGUGAAGAGCAGAUUAAGUAGCAUCACGGAUGACUCUGUUUUUGAACAACAGGGCAGUACGAAUUCAGUUAAGAUGACCAGAGAUACAACAGAUUCCAUACCUGGAAGCUUUGAGGGUCUGGGUGGAGGCUUGUCCAGUGGAAUCUUAGAGAUGUCUGACUUCAUCACCUAUGUAGCAGACCUGCAUUUCAACAAACAGAAAUUGGAAGUGGAAAAUCAGAGGUUUAAGUUGGCAUUAGAAACCUUGGAAGAGGCUAACAGCCAGUUAGCAGAUGAUUGCACUGAGUUGCGUCUUCAGAUAAAAAGUGCCCACCAAGCUGUUAUGAGAACAAGUCUGUUAAAAGAAGAACUGGAGGAACUGAAAAUUAGUAUGAGUGCAUCAGAAGAGCAGAAGACCUUAAUUUUAGCCCAGAAAAAACAAUUAGAGACAGAAAACCGGGCUUUGAUUCUUAAGAUCAAGAUUCUACAGGAAGAGAAUAUUAAGAACAUUAUGGAUAUAGAUAGACUGGAAAAGAAGAUUGAGGAAUUGUCUAAAACUGAGACAGAGCAUCAAAUGCAAUUGCACACCUAUGAAAAUGUGUUGCUUAAUAAAGAUGCAAGUAUGCAGAAGAAGGAUUUAAGCAUAGAAGAGCUGAAGUUGACCAUCGCCGAGUAUGGAAGUGUGAUAGAGAAUUUACGAGGGGAUAAAAAUAAACUGGCUCAAGAGUUGCAGCACUUGCAGCAGGAACUCGUCAUAAAUGGGAUCCAACUGAAUGUUAGUGGAGAGUACAAUGGGGUAGUCUCUGAAGGAGAAAAGUCUUUACAUUAUGAGCUCAGCCUAGCUCAGUCUGCAGAGAACAAUGAAACUGAACGGCAGUACAGUGUAACCAGCUUGUUAUCUCUGGACACGGCGAUAGACCAAGACAUGCUGCUGUUUCUAAGAGAGGCUGAGCAAAAGGGAGUGGAGUUCACAGCUGCACUUCAGAAGCUGCAUGAAGAAGUCUCUGAGGUUGGAGCCUUCCUUCAUAGCUCCCAGCUGUGGGUAACUAAUCCAGAAAUUACUGUGAAAGAAAAGUGGGGAAAGCAACUUGCUGAAUUCAAACACAUUAUGGAAGAGAAGCUAAAUCUUUGCAUAUUAAUGCUGAAAAGCUUGAGAAAUCAUAAAGAACCUCUUGAUAAUAUAUUUGUCAAAUUAAUAGAGACUUUGAAGAAAUUCAGGCUGGACUAUUUUUAUUUCAGAAAAGAAUUUCUUUCCAGUCAGAAACAACUAGAAACCAUUAAACAACUGCAAGAAGAUGCUGUCAACCAGGAAGUCAUCCUCAGGCAGAAGCUUCAGGAAGCCAGCCAACGUCUGGAGAAGGCAGAAGAGCAGGUUAAGGCUCGAGAUCAGGCCGCCUAUUCUGCCAGCGAAAAAACUAAGUCUUUACUGCAUAAAUUAGAGGAAGCAAUUUCAGAACAACGGAACCUCCAAACUAUAAAUAGUGAGUUAUCAAAUACUUGCCAGAAGCUUGAGGAGAAGACAAGAAAACUGAAAACAACUGUUGAGGUACUUCGAAAACAGUUAACUGAAGGACAACACCAUGGCUUACUGUUUCAGAGAUUUUUAGAUGAGGAAUUUUCUCAUGAUGACCCCCUAUCCUGCACAGAAAAAAUUCAAUCAUCUCUUCAAGAAAAACUGAAGCGGUGUUACCACAAACCACUCAGUGGUCAAGAGGCAAGAAUUCAUCACACACCCCUGACCUUAAAACACACAUGCUGGUAUACGCCUCUGCUGGAUGCCUUGUAUCUAGAUAGUCUUACAGUGAUUCCAAGGCCUCAAUUGACAUCUUCCUCAUGUAUAGCCAACCCAACCCAUGCUUUGAGUGAAAGACCCAAAUAUGGAGAAAUAAAGGAUGGUGCUUUGGAUGUGAAGAGACAACACAAGUGCUCUACAGGUGGUCCCGACCCGGGAGCAGAUCUUUCAGGUUGCAUCAGGAUGAAUGACAACCUAAGUAUGGAAGAGAAUGGUGUUGAACACUUGGGUUCUGAGGACCUGCCGCAGUCCAGGAAAUAUCUCACACUACCAUCACCUGGACAUACUUCCUCCUCAGAGAGUACUGUAACCUCAAGUGAUUCUGGAUCAGAAAAUUUGAAUAUGGCUUCUGGUGGCCUUGACUGUAAAUCACUCUGUGGGAAAGAGGAAGAAAGAUCAGUGUCUUCCAUGACAGAGAUCCAAGGCACCAGUCCAGAUUCUGAGAAGACUGCAUGCCAAGACACUAUGAAUAAGGAUAAAACUGUAUCAAAUCUGGAAGCCAAAGAGGAAUCCCAAACAAUAGAAGAACAUAGAAAAGAAUGUGCUUCAGGAGAAUCUGAGUUUUCUCCUGUUCCAGUAACCACCAUGAAAUCAGUUAACUUCAGACAAAGUGAAAACACGUCUGCUAAUGAGAAAGAGGUGGAGGCAGAAUUUCUCAGAUUAUCUUUGGGAUUUAAAUGUGACUGGUUUACAUUAGAGAAACGAGUGAAGCUUGAGGAGCGAUCCCGGGACCUGGCAGAAGACAAUUUGAAGAAAGAAAUCACUAACUGUUUAAAGCUCUUGGAGUCUUUAACACCUCUGUGUGAAGAUGACAACCAGGCCCAGGAAGUCAUUAAGAAGCUGGAGAACAGUAUAACAUUUCUCAGCCAAUGUGCAACUCGAGUAGCCAGUAGGGCCGAGAUGUUGGGAGCCAUUAAUCAGGAAAGCCGGGUUAGUAAGGCAGUCGAAGUGAUGAUUCAGCAUGUAGAAAACUUGAAGAGAAUGUAUGCUAAAGAGCAUGCUGAAUUAGAAGAGCUGAAACAGGUUCUCUUGCAGAAUGAAAGGUCUUUUAACACUCUUGAAGAUGAAGAUGACUGCCAGAUUAAAAAACGUUCAGCUUCUCUGAACUCUAAGCCAUCUUCUCUCCGAAGAGUGACCAUUGCUUCUUUACCCAGAAAUAUUGGAAAUGCAGCAAUGGUUGCUGGGAUGGAAAAUAAUGACAGAUUCAGUAGGAGGUCCAGCAGCUGGCGUAUUUUGGGGUCAAAGCAGAGUGAACACCGUCCCUCAUUACAUCGAUUUAUUAGCACCUAUUCCUGGGCAGAUGCUGAAGAUGAAAAAUGUGAACUGAAAACUAAAGAUGACUCAGAACCUCCUGAAGAAGAAAUAGUAGAAAGGACAAGGAAGACAAGCCUUUCUGAAAAGAAAAAUAAUCCAUCAAAGUGGGAUGUCUCUUCCUUUUAUGACACAAUAGCUUCCUGGGCAACAAAUCUCAAGACUUCCAUCAGGAAUGUUAACAAGGCCUUCUGGCUUUCUGUGGUGUUCAUUGUACUGUUUGCAGCUCUGAUGAGCUUCCUUACAGGCCAGUUUUUCCAAAAGUCUGUGGAUGCUGCCCCCACACAAGAAGGGGACUCCUGGCUCUCUCUCGAACAUAUUUUGUGGCCAUUUACCAGCCUCUGCCACAAUGGGCCACCACCAGUGUGACUGUAGUGCAUCCUGAUAUCUUGAUUUUUAAUGUUUCAGUAUCUGAACUUGAUAAAUUAGUAACUUUUAGCUGGGAAAGUAUAGCACAAAACCAGAGGUUCUCAGAAUAACUGUAAAAUAUUUUACAUUCUCACUUUUUGCAAUCACCUUCCCAACUAAACUAUAGAGAGGAGAAUUUGCCUAUAUUUUAAUGAGUUCUUUGAGAAAGAAAUAUAUAUUGUUUUGCUAAAAUUUAUCUAAAUAAAGAUCCAUUGAAAUCUUCAUACAGUGAAAGCUGAAAUUCUCAAUAGCCCAAAGAAAAAAACCCACUUUGUUUAAAAUAAAAUUUGAAUAUAAAAUACUAUUCAAUAAUUUUAAUAGCCUGUUUUUAAAUUAUUCACUUAUUACACUUUGAAAUAUACCUGAUUUUCCUCACAACAUGCUUGAUUCUUCACACUGAAUAGUUUACAAGUAGAGAUUUAAGAAUAGCUGAGCAAUCUAGUAGAGAGUAGCAUAUAACAAACAGAGUCAAUAAAUUGGCAGUUGGAACUAUUGAUUUUCUCCAUUGCUUCCCUGGAAGCAAUAUCCUUCAUCAUGUGAUACAGAGUGGAAUGAAACUCAGUUCCUUCUUGAAGUGCUUCCGAGAAUGACUCACUCUCUUCAUUCAUCUUGAGUCUUUGUGCUCUGUCACCACUAAACAUUAGAAGGACCCAGUUAGGAUUCUCAGUAAGCUCUUCACUUGGUUGUUCCCUCACCUAAAGAAAAUUAGUAAAAUCUGUUAGCAGUUCCUCUUUUAUUAAGGGUUUUUGUUUGAGUACUUUUUGAAUUAUUUUUAAACUAUGAAACUAUAUCUUGAUAUUUAUAGAGCUUAUUCAUGUAUUAAUUCAUGCAAAAAUAUUCAGUGCCUAUCAUGUGACAGGUAUUGUUGUAGGUGAUGGGGAUGUAACAGUGAAAUGCAGGAGGGAGAUAACUCACAUAUAUUAAUAACUGGAACAACAAAACCAUGCCUUCAAGGAGCUUAUAUUCCAGUAAGAGAAAUAAGAAGAAAAGUUUGUGCUAAAAUAUUCAUCAGUCAGGAACUGGGAACAUAGCUCAGUGGUAGAGCACUUGCAUAGUGUGCAUGAGGCCCUGGAUUUGAUUCCCAGCACUUUAAUUUUUAGGAUUUGAUAUCAUGUCUGUCAGACAACAGUAAACAUGUCUGUCAGAAAGUUAAAUCAGAGGGCUAAUCCACUCAGGAGUCUGUGAAUCACAUAUAUGUUAAAGGUUUCCAUUUGUUUUUGAGUCAGUGUGAAGAGGUAUAUGAAAUCCUGAGCAUUUGAUGCCAUAGUGGACCACAAAGGCAUUAUCUUUACAUAGGUAGGUCUUAUAUUUUUGACUAGCAAAAAAAUUUUUUGAAGGCUAAUUUUUUUAACCUUUGUAAGAGGAGAAGUCAUGGUCUACAGUCACUUAGAUCUUGAAUACUUUACCUUCUUUUGGAAAACAAAGUUUUAUGGGCUUUUGCAUACUAUACCUUAAAUAUGACUUUUGUAUAAUGACAUACUAUAUUCCACUUGCUCCAACCAAAUGCAAAAGCAGAACUUAGCAGGGCCAUUUGUCGAUAAGCUUUCAUUUCUACCGAUGUAGUCUGUAAAUAUAAACAGAACUGAGCCUCCCAACAAGUCUCCCUUCCAUCCUUAACACAAGGAUCCAUUUAAAAUUUUAAGUCAGUUUAUAUGACUUCUCUCUGAAAAUUUAACAAUGGCUUUCUUCCCUUUUUCUGAGUAGAAUCCAAAGUUGUUAAUGUCUACACAGGCCCUCUGUGAUCUGCCUCCACCACCACAUAUACCCCAUCAGCUCUUCGGCCUUAUCUCCUCCUCUUCCUUUGCUCUCUCAGUUCCAGGCUCUUUGCUCUUGGUCCAGUCCUGUCUAUUUCAGGGUUCUUGUUCCAGUUGUUCUGUCUGCCUGGAAGUUGCUUCCUCAGAUCUACUUUUGACUAAAUUCCUCACCUUCAAGCUUUACUCACGUCUUACCUCUGAGUCUUCCUCCCCAGCACACUCCUCGAUACUCCACACUGCCCAACCCCACUAUUCCUGAUCUUUUCCUUUUUGCAUACUACUUUUCACCUUUUUAACUUUUACAAGACCAUCUCAUUUUUCUUUCCCUCUAAAGAAUAUAAGCUUCACAAAGGCAGAGGCCUUUGUUUUCUCACUCAUUUAUCCUAAUAUUUAAAGCAAUGCCCUGCCAUGUAAGUGUUCAGAAAAAAAAAUAUUGAAUAUUCUGAAAAUAAACAGGAUACUACAUUUGUCCUAGUAGUUGCUACAGGUAAUUUGAGUUAACAUUUUUUUCCUAUGCAUUUAGGUAGAUACCUUUUGCUGUAUGAUUAUUGCCAAAUGUUAUAUGAAUGUCUACCUAUAUUGUUUGUUAUUUUCUGGAGUAUUCAUCAACACAUUCUGGAGCAUGUAACUCUUCUACCUACAAAGACAUUUGUAAGGAGCACUUGUGUCUUCAUAUAUCACAACUGUUUACUAAGCAUCUCGUUCUAGGAAUACGCUAGGUGCUAGAAGAAUCAAAGUUAUUAAACAGCUGCUCUCCUAUGGCUCCCCAGGUUAAUGUGGAGGGAUCUUACUUAAAUCCCUAUGGGUAACAAGGAGCACACAGACAUGGAGGCUCUGUCAGGAAACCAAGGGAAGUGGCUUGGUUUAUUGAUGGUCUUUUUAUGUUUUAAUUUUGCCCCACUUACUGUGUUUGAGAAAGGGCAGAGUUACUCUCUUAAAUCUUAAUAUAUUCAUCAUGGAAAAGGAAAGAAAAUAUGCAAAAUGAGAAGAAACCUGCGUAACUUUUGCCCUAGACUGAUCAGCCAUGGAUGUGCUCCACUUGCCAAUAUGGAGAUCAUGCUACAGGUAUAAUUCUUGAGGGAGAUUAUUACAUACAUAAGAAGACUCUGGAUGUCUCAUCUUUUCACUUACUCUUCCUAACUUUAAUCCUGUAUAAGUGAAUCUAUAAAAUUCACAGUGGACCUUAGGACUUAAAUGAAACUAUGUAUUUGCCAACAUUCUAAAUGUCCACUACAUUAAAUUUGGAAAGAUUCCUUCAUACCUUAUUGUUUAUAACAACAUAAAAAUGAGAGUAUCCAGCAGGGAAGAUAUUCAGUCCAGCUUCUUUCAGAGCAAUAAUGAAAGAUAUAGGACUCAUCCAUUUUCCUUCCAAAAUAGAGAUGGGUUCUUUGCCUUUUAGUUUGAUUGAUGCUAACAUGCAGAGGUUUUCCUGAGUUAAAAAUAAGAAAACAAACUUUGAUUAAAAAGUGAAAGAAAUUACUUCAGUAUCAUUCCAGGUCCAGUCUUUAGGUUAUUUCUGUAGUUUUUAAAUGGUCCCAUCACUAUAUUAAAAAGAGUGCAGGGCAGAUAUGUGUUAGGUCUUUUUUCUGAUCUGAUAUGGUGUCACAAAGUCCCCAUGUUACCUUAAUCAAUUUACUCUCUAUAGGCUUCAUUUGAAUAAUUGAUUGGACUAAAGAUCUUCAAAUCCUCUCCUAUUUUAUGUUAUAAUCUGAAAAUAUGGAGUAUGUUCAUGUUGAAUUAAAAUAGCUAUUAAAACAUAAUUAUACUUUUAGAGAUUAUUCUUAAUUCUUUAACAUAAAACUUAAUGAUACAAAUUAUCCAGUUUUAAAGUUUGGCAAACUGGCAAUUUGAAGAUGUACAGAGUCCACAUCUCUCAGCAGUUUUUUUCCUAAAGGUUAAUAUAUCCUAUUUAACCCAAUAUGUCUAAAAUAUUUCAAAUAUGUAAUCAGUAUAAAAUUGAGACAAUUUGCAUUUUUAUACUAAGUAUUCAAAAUAUGAUAUGUAUUUUAUAAUUAUAGCACAUAUUAAUUUGGACUAGUCACAUUUCAGGAGCUCAAUAGAAUAGCGAGUAUGUUAGAGAGUACAGAUGUACCUUUCAAGUCUGACCUGAAAACGCACUCUAUAACACUUGGCAUUUCAGUAUUCAUGUGCAUAAUGGACACUGAAGGUGUUCAUAACUUUCCAUCGGUCUAGAGUAAGAGUCUGUUCAGGAGUCUACAGUGCUGCGGGGAUGGCAUAAGCACAGAAGCACAUAAGGGCUCAGAAGCCCUGAAGGGAGGCCCCCAUUAUAACCCUCUCAUGCAAUCUUAGGAAGGUCACUUAACCUCCUGACCACUUUGGGCCUCAAGUUUCUCUCUGUAAAAUGUGAUGGUGGAUCACAAAUGUUUUAAGGGCCAUUAUAGCAUUGACAAUCCUGAGCAUUCGCUCAUUCCAUCUUGUUUUAAAAGUAAAGCUUGGUAAUAUUUUGAUUUUCCUGCAACUGUCAUAAGGAGGUUUAAAGAAUCUUGAAAAAAAAAAAAACUUCAUUGAGGUAUAUUUUAUAUAUCAUAAAAUUCACUUAUUUCACAUAUACAACCCAAUGGGUUUUUAGUAGUAAAACUACACCAUAAAUCAGUUUUAGAACAUUUUUAUCCCACCCAAUAAAAUCCCUUACACCCAUUUUUAGUUAAUUUCCAUUCUCAGUCCCUUGCAGCCACUAAUCCACUUGUCUUUAAAAAUUUCAGGCUGUGUAAUUUCUGACUGAUGAGCAAGAAGUCAUUCAGAGGGAGACCUACCUCAAAAGGGAUUACAUAUGGUUGAAUGGUAAUGAUCAGGGAACCUCUGUAGGGUGGAUCAAAAACUCAGAUUCAUACCACAACCAGGCUUGUCUGUCCACUCAUUUAUCUAAUCCUAGUAACUUUAGGGUGCAGAUUUGUUUGAACCUUACUACUUACAUGUCAUUGCCUAGUUAUUCAAUUAAUAUCUCCUUUAGAAAUGAUGACUCAGAACAGUCUGGAUGUAAUUACAAAAGACAAUAUACAAAUCAGUGACACACCUGUAUGCACAGACUUGCUGUAACAGUAACUCACCUUAAUUUGUAUCUGAAUCUCAGUAAAUAUUGUAGUCACAGUCAAAAGUACAUUGUUAAUUUCAAGUGGUCUUAAUUCCCAUGAGUGGAAUGGCAUGUUAAUAUGAGUGUCCUGAAUCAAGGUAACAGGGCCAAAAGUUUCCAGGCUGAAUGAUAUAAGUCUGUCUUCUGCAUCAUAAAAUACAUUACUGAUGCCAUCAGUUCUCCAAUGUUUACCUUUAUAGUAAAUGAAGAAAGUGAUAGUUUCAUUUUUUUCUAUAAUAAGAUGAAUGAAACCAUCUAAAUAAUCCCAGUGUGUAUAAAUUGAUCUUUAUAUUAAGAACAGAAGUUCAAAACUAAGCCAACUUUUCUGGGAGUUUUUGUGCCUCUAGGAUCAAGUCCAAACUCUUCCAGAGUGGAGCUUUGACACUGGCUUCGUCCCUUGCUACUUUGCACACCUGUUUUCAGCCCUCCUGACGUUGACUUCUGCACCUUUGCACAUGUAGUUCUUUCCUUCUAGAAUACUCCUCCUCAACCUUUUAGAGAAACUCUCUUCACCUUUGUUUUAAAAGAACUUUAAAAUUCACCUGUUUUUAGUAAAUAAAUCGUCAUUAAAUUUAACCAGUUGUAUUACCAUUACAGAAUCCACUUAUAGAACAGUUUUAUCUCCCCCACAUUAAGAUCCCUGUGUCUGUUUUUUGGUGUGUGGGUGUUUUUGUUGUUGUUGUUUUCCUGGAACUGGGGAUUGAACCCAAGGGCACUUAACCACUGAGCAACAUCUGCAGUCUUUUUUUAUAUUUUAUUUAGAGACAAGGUCUCACUGAGUUGUUUAGGGCCUUGCUAAAGUGCUGAGGCUGGCUUUGAGCUUGCAAUUCUCCUGCCUCAGUCUCCCAAGUACUGGGAUUACAGGCAUGUGCCACUGUGCCUCGCCAAGAUCCCUAUGUCUAUUUACAAUUCUUUCCCACCUUCCUGUCCCAGGCAGCCAUUAAUAUACUAUAAGUCUCUAAAGAUUUGCUCUUUUUGUAUUUUUCAUAUAAAUGUAGUCAUACAAUAUGUGGUCUUUUGUGUCUCUUACAACUCAGUAAAACCCAGUUUAAGGUGGGAAAAUGAUUUAAAUAAACAUUUUGCCAAAGAAGAUGUAUGAAAGACUAAUAAGCAUGUUUAACAUGAUUAGUCAUUAGGGAAAUACAAAUUAAAACUGCAAUGAGGUACUACUUCCUGCCCACUAGAAAGAAGACAAAUAAUAAAUGUUGGCCAGGACAUGGAGAAAUGAAACCAUACACUGCUAGUAGGCAGGUAAAAUGGCACAGCACUUUGAAGUACACUUUGGAAGUUUGUUAAAAAGCUACAUGUAAAUUUACCCCUAAACCCAGCAAUUCCACUCUUAGGUAUACACCCAAGAGGAGUGAGAAAUGAUGCUUCCACAGAGACUUCCAUGCACACAUUUUUUUUUGCUUCUAAAGCCCUGUUCCAUAGCCAUUCUAUGAGAAGGUCACUGUCGUGUUCUACAGUACUUUGUUCCAUCACCUUACCAUGUAGUGUGGCAGUGUUCUCCCAGAGUGCCCUUCCUACAACUCUGAAAACUCCCAGAGGAAGAAAAUACACUCAUUUGUCUCCAUAUAUUUAUGGUUUAGCAUAUUUAUAGGAUGGAUGAAUGAAGAAUUCUCUACCCAGAUGUUCUCCAUUUCCACUCCAUUCUCUUUCCUCUUCUCACAAGGAAGCUUCCAUUGACUAGUUUUUGCUCUUAAAAUCAUUUUAACAAAUACAAUUACACUGACAAAUACUUUUUGCUACACUAGCAAAAAUAAUUUGUAAAGGUAAAAAAAUUAUUGCCUAUAAAUCUCCAAACUUCCAAGCACAGAAAGCUUCCCCAUAGUUUAAAAUUUUCUGGGGUUGUAAGUUAUUGCCAAUUAGUGUAGUUACAUAAAGUUGACAUAAUUCAUAUUUCCAUGAAUUGUGUAAGAUAGCUUGUCCAAUUUAAUUCAGUGUGUAUAAUUUAAACAUGAUAUUUAGGAACAUUUCUAUGAAUGUGACACCUCUAAAGCAACAAGAAAGAAGAAAUUACAUAAUUGUUCAUUUUGAUGUAUUUUGUAGUUUGUUAAAAAUGCACUUUUCAUGUAAUAAACAACUUCUAGAACAUAAAUGUAUGUGGCUUUGUCUACACAAGUGAAAAUGGGUUCAUUGGAGCAUUCAUAAGAAAAGCUUAAAUCACAAAAUAUUAAUAUUUACUCCUUUUGGUAUGAGUUCCUAAUUUCUCUGCCCCUGUAACUAAAGUGGAAUAGGGCUCUGUGCCUUAAUGAUCUUAUCUGUUCCCGAGUAGGUAAAUCCUUUCAAAAUGAACGGAUGAAAAACAACCCUAAAAAUAAAGCUUCACAGUUUUUAUCUAGGUUCUCUAAACUGCAUCCACAAAUUCACAAGAGGGGACCCUCUCAAAAUUCAGCCAUCUUACCACAAAAGAAGUUUUUGGUAGUAAUUAUCUAAUCAUUAGCUUAUAUUUUUGUUUGCGCAUCUGAUUUUAUUACUAUGUAUUUUAAUAGUGUGAGAAAGCAACAAUUUCCCAUGUUUCAAGAAUCAAAAAUUGUAAAAUGGCAUACAGUGACUAGUUUUCCUGUCUCAGGUUUCCUAUUUGCCUAUUCUCCAUCCCCAAUACUUAUUUGCAAUUUAUACAUGAUGAACAUUAAAAUAA